AUUCUUGUUACGCAUUUGUCUAUCAUCUGUCGCUGUAAAACUUCUUCCUCACUAGCGAUUCUGUUUCGAAUUUUGAGAAGACGAAAUCAAAAGCACAAUGAAUAUGAUAACCGUAAUCUUCUACUUAGCUGUAAUGGUAUGUCUGGGUAAUGGUGCUGCCAUACAAUUGGAACCAAAGAUAAGUAAAGGUACUAGUACUUUUGAAAGAGCUCUUUUACAGAAACUGAUGGAACAACUUAUGGCUGAUCGAAUGGCCGAGCGUAAUGGUAUGCAACUUCAGAAUGAAAUACUGGUCAAUGAAGUUGAUGAAAAUCGUGAGUUGCAAGAUCUUAAAAGUAUGAAAUGUUCUUGGAACCAGAAUAUAGGGGAAUGCUGUGUUAGUCUGUUUAGCCUCCCUAAGCUUUGUAUUCGAAUGGGAGUUUUCAACGACGAAAUGCAAUUCUCCUUAAGAGCAGGUAGUUCUGAGAUUGUGAAGAAAAUUUACCGAGGACCAUUUACCAGAACUUUCAGUUUUAAUGUUGGAAUUGCUGAAAUCUCAUUUACAUUGGCAGUGGAGAAUGUAAGCACCGAAAAUUUCAAAGCAUGCUUCCGUAUAAAAUACGGAGUAAUAUUCUUUCGUUUCUCAAAUAAUCUCGGUUGUAUCAACAAACAUUUUCUGGCCAAUGAAAUUAGCCCGCUGAAAAGUAUAGAAGAUUGGAAUCCAAGUGAUGAAACUUCUUUUGGUACACAAGAUUUUGAAAUUGACAAGCCUAACAGAGUUGAGUCCCUUGGCGAAGUAGACGUAAACGAAAAAUCGCAAAAUUGGCCGUGAGAAUCACCCGAGAAGCAGAGAAUGAAUUGAAAGAUAGUAGUUACGUUCGUUUGUAUACGCUUUGAAAUAAAAAUAUGAAAAGCUUAAUAGGAAAUAAUAGUAAAAUCAUUAUCUAGAUAUCGAACAAUAAAUAUUGCUAAAAAAUAAACAAACAAAAAAAAAACGAGGUAAAUUUAGUUAAUGACACCUGUGACUUUUUGGAAACCAAUUUGUCUGUAAUAAAUAUUUCAUUAAUUUA